UAAAAAAGUCUUUUGAAAAGCGGAAGCGGAAGUGUUUCUUGUUCCCGCCGAUGGCAGAGCUCAGCGUUGUGAAAGCUACGAAUCGAAAAGCUGUCUGGGACCACAUAAUUUUCAGAGACUCACUUCAGCUCAGUGUUAAAGCCUCGCCGUGCACACAGACAGUUAUUCACAACUUUAUCCCACCCUUUGUUCGGAGCACAGUCCCGCACUCUUCAUCGCCAGUCCUACGAGAGAGACCCGCCUCAUUUUUGGACCUGUGGUUGUGAAGGCAGCUGUACAAAUUGCUCAGAUCAAGACUCAAACACAGAUUGCUUUUAAAGCAUUCAACAUCAUCUGCAAUCAAUUGCCAAAGUGCGAUUUCAGCUGUGUGUCCUCACCUGACCCACCCGUCUUCUGACUAGACAGCAGGUGUCUGCUGUGAGCUCAGACAGCAACACAAAGUUUAACUGUUCUGCAAUCUGCUGCAAUGUAUCACCAGCAACCACCACAACGGGGACCACAGCCUUUUUCAAACACACCUAGACCGUCUCAUCACCAGCCACCUCCAAGGCAGCAUCCAAAUCGCAACACCGGGCAGGGGAUAGGCUUCCAGUUUUCUCGUCCUAACCAGCUUCCUGAUGAGCUAGAGUCAGCCCUGGCUAUCAGAGGUGGCGGAGAUAUGGAUCACCGCCAAAUUGAUCACAUGAACCAACCAAACCCACACCAGAACCAAGGGCCAGGCUCUGGGAUCAGUCAACAUCGAGGCUAUGGUUCCAACCCUUUAUCAAUUCCUGCUGAUAAUCCACCUGGACACCAGCAAGGAGUGGACUGGUCAGGCUACCAAUCAGCCAACACACUCUUUUCUAGUAAUCCAUCAAGCGCUAACCUCCAGCAGGGACAACAGCAAUCUCAGAGCAACCAAUCAGGAGCCAGAACGCUAAACUGGAAUCACCCUGACUUAACAUCGACACAAUCCCAGCAGUCACAUGGCACUGGAGGUGGGGGGGAAGGUCAGGGGUUGUACACCCCAGAGAGUGCAGGAAGCAUCUUGGCUAGCUUUGGACUGUCAAAAGACGACUUGGAGGUGUUGAGUCACUAUCCUGAUGAUCAGCUGACUCCAGACACUUUACCGUUCAUUCUUCGUGAUAUCCAAAUCAACAAGUCGGACAAGGACAAAACUCUGGCUUCCACAUCCUCAUUUUCACGCAACAUUCACGAUAUACCAACGGGUCCUUCCUGCUCUUCCCAUUCUCCGGAGGUUCUCAGCCUUCUGACUGUCACACAGAUGGCAGGUAAAGUCAUUGACUAUGGUCAUGCCAGUCGGGUAAAGGACAAAACUGCUACCAUAGAGACUUUCAAACGAGAGCAGUUGUCCAGUGAGAGGACAGUGAAAAUGUAUCCAACAGCUUCUUCACCAUGUCCAAGCGCAGAUAAAACUGAAAGACAUCAAGUUCAUUUAGAGCACAAGAACCCAAGCAAGCAUGAAGAUAAAGACUAUCGCACAAUGAGCAGAGAAAGAAACAAGAGUAGUCGGUCACCUGAGAGAGAAUUUACACCCAAAUCUCGUAAUCUGGACAGAGACUAUAGACAUGAGAGCUCCAAGCCAAGGCCGCCAUCUGAAUCCAGAAGUGAGGAUUCUUCUAGACGGAGUCUUUCCUCUUCAUCUGCCUCAAGACCUCAUGGCAGCAGCAAGAAGUUACCUACUCCCACCAUGAUAAGUGAUUUUGAAGCUGCGUCUCCAAAGGUCUAUCCUCAUACCUGCUCCCUGUGCCACAUACAGUGUGAUCAGGAAACGGACUGGGUCAACCACGUCAACACUGUCGAUCACACAGCUGCCCGCAGAGACCUGCGCAACAAGUACCCUGACUGGAGGCCAAAUCCACAAAGUGGACGUCAUGGAGGUCAUGCUCUGUGGGACCACAAGGAUGGCUCUGCCUUUGACUCCGGGUCUCGAUCCCGCUCUCGCUCUCCACACCUUCCAAAGGGCAGGUAUCGGGGGAGAUUCUAUAGGCCACAUGAAAGGCCUUACUCCCCCUAUCGCCAGCCACGGCCCCACAACUACCCAGAACGCGGCCAUCGCUUUGCCCAGCGCUCACACAGCCCCCCCUGUUCCCGUCGGACAUCUUUAUCCUCCAGAGAUCACCUGUCUAAGGGCAGCAGAGAGUUGUCAGGAAGUUCUCGCAUUGGUGUGAAGCGUUCACAUGACACCAGUCGUAGUCCGUCAUCCUCCUCAGCUGACCACAGCUCCAAACACGAGCCGUCGGCAUCAGUCACCAAAAGCACCAAGACUGCAGCAAAGCCUGGAACCAAAACCACUAAGCCGUUUGUUAAACCACCACCACUGAAGAAGAAGAAGAAGGCAGUGGCUCCGGCCAGCCUGGGCCCAUCUGUUGCAGAUCGCCUGGUUUUUCUCACCAACAUCCCAAAGGAUGCCACAGAGCAGGAAGUUAAUGACUUGGCUGGGUCUUUUGGCAAGAUAAACAAUGUGGUUCUCAUGCCGUGCUCUGAGGAAGAGGGCGAGAAGGACCAAGGACAGAAGGCGUCUGUGUGCAUGAUGACGGCAGAGGACGCCAAGGCUCUUGCUUCUGCUACAAAGCUCCACAUUAGAGACCAGGAAGUCACUGCUUCAGUCGCCAAGAGACCCGAGGAGCAGAUUCACGACUAUAAUGGCAAACCCGAUGCAGACAUAGGUGUAGCGGAUGCAGCUGUCAGCAGCAGAGGAGGUGAUAUUGACCAGAAGACUCCAGACCAGAAGUGUAAGGUGUUGAUCACAGGACUUCCCGCGAGUGGCUGGUCAGAUGAUGACAUCAUCAAUCUGGUCCAGCCCUUUGGGCCUCCUUCUGACAUCAUCCUGGCAGCGAGCAUUGGAAAGGCACUUGUGUCACUGCCUGAUCUGGAGGUGGCUGAAGAAAUGGUGAAGGUCCACAGCUUCAAGCCUGCGAGGGUCAACAACACCGAAGUGAAAGUGAGCCUUGUGAAGCAGAACUGCGGCUUCGACUCUCCGGUGGCGCUGUAUAACCUGCUCAUAGGAUCCCCAGAUCCACUGGGCAACCCAACCCCCGUCGGCUGGAGCAGUUUGCUGGUGAUCAAGAAUGUUCCAGACUCAUCGUCUGGCUCCUCUGAGGUCAUAAAACUGGUGCGACGAUUUGGUACGGUCAUCAAAACUCUAGUGCUCAACGGCAUGGUCAUUUGUGAGAUGGCUACAGCAGCCAUGGCCUUGUCAGUCUUCAAACGAUUCCAGAUGUUUCCCUGCAUCAUCAACAACAACCCUCUGUUUUUCCAACGCAGGGCCGACCCCAAACCCUGCACACAGACUAAAGUCAUUGCUGCGUUUUGUGGCUCCUCCCAGGAUAAACCUCCUAGUGAGAAGGAUGGCCCAGCAGCAGCUCCAAAGGAAAUGGCAACAGCACAUCAGCAGGAUUCUCAAACUCCACAAGAUUCUGAUGAUGAGGUGAAAAGCAUUGAGAAGACGGCUGAAGAUGAGUCUCUGGGAGAAGGUGAUAAAACGGAGGAGGUCGGGCCAGACUCAGACCUGGUGACGGACUCGAAGGAAACUUCAGCAACUCAAACCGAUGACACAGAAGAGAAAAAGGACCUUGGCGCUGUGGAAGAAGAAAACAUGCAAAAGACAGAACCUGUUAGCUGUGAAGGCAAAGCAGCUUCCCAGGAGCCGGCGGUGCCAGAGCUGCCAAAGAUGACCCAGGCGAUGGUCAACGUCUUACUCAUGGAGUGCAGAACCAGAACCGCCAACCAGACCAACAACACAGCCGCUCCCUCUGGUGGUGAGGAGGACGCACAGCGUGACACCGAGCAGGGGGGCCGAGCUGAAGAUGAGACCAAAGACUUGGCUAAAAGCACAGAGGAGAAGGUGAAAUUGCAGGAGAGGGAGAGAAAAGAGAGAGAGGCAAAGAAAGAGAAAAAAGAGAGGGAGAGGAGGGCUUGGGAGAAGGAGAGGGCCAAAAGGGAGAGGGAGCGUUUUGAGAGAGUCAGAAGGGAGAGGAGAGAGGAGGAGAGGAGAGAGAAAGAGAGGAGGGAGAGGAGAAGAGGCUCUGGGUCGAGUUCCUCCUACAGGUCCAGUUCCUGGCGUGACAAGCGCUACGCCAUGGAGGAUGAAGCCAGAAAGGAGGAGGUGGAGGAGUCUGAGGACUUCCCUUUCAACUUCAGUGACUUUGUGACAGUUGAUGAAGUCGGAGACGUGGCGGACCUUCCUUGUGCGCCGUCUCUCACCACGGAAACUUCAAAGGAAGGUGGUGAUGCUCCCACAGCUGCUCAGCAGGAAGCUCUCCAGGACACGCCUGUGGAGAGUACAGCGACCUCGAUGAAGUCUGAAGAGGUGUCAGAACCCGAUGGUGUGAGUGUGGAGAAAGCUUCAGAUGGUUUGAUGGAGUCCCUUUCAACACUUGGUCAGGAGCUCAACACCACACAAGCUCCACCUCUGGCUUCAACGCUUCACUCUUCUCCACUGAUUCAACCUGAAGCACCAGAGGCUGACCUGAAACCUAAGCCAGAACCUCCGGUGACCUCCUCCCUGGACUCAGGUGCUGAGACCGCUCCUGAAACUUCAGCUGAUGUUCCCUCAAACAGCCAAGCAGCAGUUGUGACUGCAGGGAACAACAAAGAGAAGGAGAGCGGUCCUGAGGACCAGAGUGAGGAGGGGGAGAAGAAGGUGUCCCAACAGGAGGAUCAGAACUUGACGGAGGGAGAGAAGAAUGAGGCGAUGACUGAAAGUGCAGAACCAGGACUGCAGACUUCGUCUGUGGACGGUCGACCUGCAGGUCAGCUGCCAGCUGUCUCGCAGACAGGACAGUCUGGUAAGGCAGAGGACAACACAGACAGCAGAGAGGAGACGGAGUUGAGCGUGAAGUCGGACCAGCAUCUCCCUCCAUACGACGCAAACAAUCCUGUUGGUCUGGAGUAUCUUGUUCCAAAGACGGGGUUCUUUUGCAAGGUGUGCAGUCGUUUUUUCAGUGGAGGCAAGGUGGCCGAGAUCAGCCACUGCAGAACUCUGAAACACUACGAGAACCUGCAGAACUUCCUGCUGAAGAUGAAACCCUCAGGCGUGAAACAGGACUCCAGCUGAACGCCGCCAUGGAGCUGUGAUGCCACAUUAGUGCUUUAAAGUUUAGUUUACUGUGAAGUUGUUGUUUUUUUUUCCUCGAAGCAGCUGAGCUCGACACGUCAAUAAAAUGUUUUUACUGAAUCGGUUACACCUCCAGUUAUUCGUAUCUGUCAGACGAAGGUCCGGCAGCUUACUGGAUGACAUGUAAACAUUUAGAUUAAUGUUCUGGGUUAUGAUUACUAGCAUCUUAGCAUGAUGCUGUUUUCUGUUCCAAGCUUUUCUAUCACUGUUGGAAAGAAAACUAAUGUGUAAAUAGAAACGUGUGCAGGUCUGAGCUUCCAGGUCUCUUAUUCCCGGGAAGGUUUUGGGAUGUGUGCUGCCAAAAGAAUAAUGGAUUAGAUGUUAAUAAACACAAUUCUGUGGUUUCUAUGUCCUUAAAUAACUCAAAAGUAGUUUUGGUUUUGUUUUCAUCAAAAAAAUAAACAAGAUCUCUCCGCUCCAAAAGUAAAAGCCUGGAACCUCCCUUUAAAAAAGAUUCAUUAGACUGUUGUCUUGUGUAGUUUAGAAGAAGCUAACUGCUAACCUUUUCCUCUGGAGGACAAAAGCUCCAGCAUCGUUUUCCUCUGUUUAACCCAAUCCCACAAUUUCAAAAUAAAAGCAUGUUCAUGUC